UCUCGAGUGCGCCUCCCGCGGAGCAGGAAUCGGAGAGGAAAGCGCAGAAGGGAUGCUUUCCCCGGCUGUGGGUUGCAACGCAGGUCUUUCAUUUCUUGUUCAUGUACUUUUGUGAUGUCCUCACUUCGUCUUAAUGAUACUCGGUAAAACAAGAAAAUCAACAGGCUUUCAGCCUUGAGGCCACAGUGGAUUUUAUCGAGUUUAACCUAAGAAAAAUUACAGUCUUGGGUUGGUUUAUUAAAUGUUAUCGACCAAAAAAAUCAGCUGAAAUGGCAUUUGGAGCUCCAUCCGCACGCUUGUAUAUGAGCAGGUGAGGGACUUCCUGUACUUGGAGAGCUUGGUGUGGCAGGCAGUCCAGGAGGCAUUUUCUCCAUUUGAUGAGAUGAGAACUCUACAUUUCCUUCUUCCUACCAUCAAGAUCAUACAGUGGCAACUCCAGAACUAUAACCCAGACAUCUGUGGAGUUUGAGAACAUUAUGGAGCGCAUCAGAGUAUAUCACUGAAGAAUAUGAUGGCUGAAAACAAUUUAGAAAUGCUAAAGAUUCAACAGUGUGUAGUAGCCAACAAACUACCUAGAAACAGGCCAUAUAUUUGCAAUAUUUGCUUCAAGCACUUUGAAACACCAUCAAAAUUAGCUAGGCAUUAUCUCAUUCAUACUGGUCAAAAGCCAUUUGAAUGUGAUGUGUGCCAUAAAACCUUUAGACAACUAGUUCAUCUGGAGAGGCAUCAACUAACUCAUAAUCUGCCUUUUAAGUGUAGUAUUUGUCAGCGCCACUUUAAAAAUAUGAAGACAUUUGUGAAGCAUCAACAACUUCACAAUGAAACCUAUCAGAAUGAUGUUAAACAGGUCAGAAGAUUGCUGGAGGCCAAGCAACAAAAGCCAAUGUAUGGAGUGUAUAAUACUUUUACCACAGAGGAGAGAUGGGCAUUCCACCCACACUCUAAAUCUGAUCCCACAAAGAGAAGAAAGAAUAUUCAUGCAUGUACAAUCUGUGGCAAGAUGUUUCCAUCACAAUCAAAACUUGACAGGCAUGUCCUUAUUCAUACUGGUCAGAGGCCCUUUAAAUGUGUCCUGUGCAGUAAAUCUUUCCGACAGUCAACUCAUUUAAAAAUCCACCAACUCACACAUUCAGAAGAAAAACCUUUUCAAUGUUGUUUUUGUCAAAAAGGAUUUAAGAUUCAAAGCAAACUUCUGAAGCAUAAACAACUCCAUACUAGGAGUAAGGCUCUUUCAUUAAAGGUGAAGAGUUCACGAUCAUGCCCCCUGCCUAAUAAAUUAAAUGCAAAUCAGCAUGGUUUUGAAAAUGGUGUUAUGGGAGAAUCUGAGGAGAAUAAUCCACUUGAUGUCCACUCUGUUUAUGUUGUCCCUUUUCAAUGUCCAGAGUGUGAAGAGUGUUUUGAAUCAGAGCAGAUUCUCAAUGAACACAAGUGUUUUCCUGCCAGAGGUGGCAAAAUUCCAAGCAGGCUCAAAAGAAGCUACAACUAUAAAAUCAUUGUUAAAAAAAUCUUGGCCAAGCUUAGACGUGCUAGGAGUAGAAAAUUAGGUAACUUUCGAUCUGAGAAAAAAGUAUUUAAAAACAGUUUCUUGAAAAAUUGUGAUUUUAUUUCUGGUGAGCAAAACUCUGAACAAACCCAGAGAACAUUUAUGGGUUCUCUUGGCAAACAUGGAGCAUAUAAGACAGUUGGCAAUAAAAAGAAGAAAACAUUGACUUUGCCAUUUUCAUGGCAAAAGCAAUUCCAGAGCCAAAAUAUGGGAAAAAAUUUGAAAGGUAUCCUUACAACAGAAAACAUGUUAACCAUGGAUAAUUCAGUGAGUAAUAAAGACUUAUCAAUCUAUGGUUCAUCGGGUGAGGAAUUUUUUAAUAACCGUGAGGCACUUCAGUGUGGUUUUUCAGAUCCAAGUGAAAACAUACAUACUGGACAUAAGAUGUUUCCUUGUGACAAAUGUGAGAAAGUAUUUCCUUCUGUAUCCAAACUACAAAGACACUAUUUAAUUCAUACUGGGCAGAGGCCUUUUGGAUGUCAUCUUUGUGGGAAAUCUUUUAGACAGGCAGCUCACUUAAAAAGACACGAACAAACUCAUAUUGAAAAGAGUCCUUAUGGAUCUCUUUUCCAAUUAGAAUAUGAUAAUUUUAACAAACUUUUUAGCCAUCCAGGUGAUAAUGUCAACUGUAAUACUUCCCAACAAAGUCAGGCUUCUGGUUUUCAAAAAUAUGAGACCUCAGAGUCUGAUCAAAUGUCAGAAGUUAAGGCAGACUCGGGGGAUUUCAUUCUUGGUACCCCUUGUAGUAACAGGCAGCCCUGUCUUUCUAAUGCACUUUUGGAAUCAGAGCAAAGCCAUCAUUUUUGCAAUUAUUCAGGGCGUCAGGAGAGAAACGAUGGCCUCCUUUACCAAUGCAGUGUUUGUUCUAAGAGUUUCCGAUCUCCAUCUAAACUAGAAAGACACUAUCUAAUUCAUGCAGGGCAGAAACCAUUUGAAUGCUCAGUUUGUGGCAAAAGAUUCAGACAGGCUCCUCACUGGAAGAGGCAUCAACUUACUCACUUUAAAGAAAGACGACAAUAGAGUGUGGUUGUCUUAGAUUCGGUUGUGUUACAACUUACAACCACUAACAAUUUGUAGUCUCUGGUGAUCUUAGUCUUAAAGAUCAUUACUUUAAAUGCAUUUUUUUCAAAAGGCCUACAUUAAAUUGAAUGAUUUCACAGGCAUUUGCUUGUCCUGCAUAAUGAGGUAAAAUACUUGGAAAAUCAAUACAAUGUUUUAGGAACAGCCAAAUUAACUUACAAGGGAGAGCAUUAUUUGAUGCAUAAAGAGCAUUUUUCAUAUUAUAAGCAUACUCUGGCUGUACUGAAAAUUAUAAAUUAAUGAUGCUGUACAAGUAAUUCAGCCUCAUUCAUUUUUUAAAGGAAUUAUUCCUUAAGACAUGCCAUCUCCUUUUAGAUAUAUUCAGAAGACGAGGCAAAAAUUGGCUUUUAGCUGCAGCAAAUAGCCCCACUAUAUUUCAUUUAUUUUAUAUUUCAUAUGAAAGUAUACAUUUUGUCCACCUAUGGCACAAAUUGCAUUGCAAAAAUUUUUUUCUUGUAAGUUUAAAAAACUAGAGGUAGUAAAAAUGAAAAUGGGUGAGAAAAUUAUCGCAUUUUCAUCGGUCUUCUGAAAGCUAUUUAUUUUUAGGACUAUGUUAAAGGUGAUGAGGAUUCUUUUUUUUGCCCAAGCUGCUGUUGUCUUUCCCAAAUAAUUUAAAAGUAAGAGAGGCUAGGAUGUAUCCAUACACAUUUACCAUGUUUACUUACCAAGAAUAUUUUCCAAGUGCCAUAGUCUUUGAUAAUGUAUAUGCGGAUUUAUCUUUGCAGAGGUAUAAUGCAGUUCAUUUAUUUGCUCAUUAGUGAUUGACAGCAGUAGUCAUAGACUUAAAACUCUCACCUAGAGAUCUUCCUCUCUGUAAGACUUUUAUUUUAGUAAAUCCUUUCUUUUUAUGUCUCUUUAAUUGAAUGGUCAUAUGAUUUAACUAAAACUACUAAGUUUGUUCAGACACCAAUGACUAGGUCUAGUUUAGUUUUUAUUCUUAUAUGUUUUUGCCAGACUAUAAGGCUAAAGAAUGUUAUUUUGAUCUUUGUUAAAUUCUUAUUUUAAUUAUAAGGUAGUCAUUCCUGUAUAAGAAUAAGAUGCUUUUAGAGUUGAGGGUAUCAUUCUUCUAAACAGACUAUCAUGAUAAUCAUUAGGAACUAUUUCAUUUAAUUCUAAACUAUAAAGGACUUAUUUCAUAAUCACAUUGUUAUUGAUAUUUGCCAUUGUUUAUAAAAUCUUUAGGAAUGACAUUUUCUAGCAAUAAAAGAAAUGAACUGUUAUGUUUCUAAGCUAAAAAUAAUAGGUGAGUAUUUAUCCUAGCGUACUUAAAUAUAGUGAAGAGCCCUCUAUUGAGAAUGUGGAUAAGUGAACAAUUGUAAGUUUUGCAUCAUACUCUUAAGAACUAUCUUUUGGGGUGGGGGAGGGAAGGGGUGGGAGGUGGAGGUGGAGGUGGAGGUGGUCUGCUUGCUUCUUUUACCAUGAGUGAAUUGUAACUUGGGUUUAAUUUACAGAAAUGAAACAUGACAGUAUACGUAAAAUAUCCAAUGAUGUACAAGUGUGCCUGUUUAUUAAGUAGAUAGAGACAUCCACCUAAAGCAGAGGAGAAUCACAUGCUUUAAAGAAUAAUUUCUCUUAGGUUUCUUUGAGAUAAGCUCCUCCAGUGCAAACAAGAUAAUGGCUUACAGAAUUUGCUUUAUAUAAAACUUUUCAAGAACACAUCUGUUACAUAAAAGCAAGGAAUAACUAGUUCAUAUUUUCCAAUAAUGUUCAAAAUUUUUUCCUUAAUAUGUCUGAAAUUGUGGAUUUUGGCGUUUUCCUAAGCAAUUUAUGUAAUUUUGUUUUAAGGAAAUGUUUGAUAUACUCCCCAACCUAAACAGGGAGAGUCCUUCAGUGUUGUGCUUGUAUGAUUAUGAGACUUUAUUUGCCUAAGUGAUAUUACUAUACUUUAUUUUUGGCCCAUGCCUUUUUAAGCCGUUUCAUAUUGAAAGUUGGAAUAUUGUAAAAAUUUUGUCAAAGAUGUACUGUAGUGCUAUUUGAAGUACCUGUAACAAAACACAGUUGACCCUUCAUAUCCAUGGGUUUUGCAUCUGUGGAUUCAACCAACUACAGAUAAAAGAUAUUGGCGGGGGGUGGGGAAUACAACAAAAAUAAUGCAGAUUUAAAAAUACAGUAUAACAGCUAUUUAAGUAGCAAUUACAUUGUAUAAGUAACCUAGAAAUAAAGUAUACAGGAGGAUGUGUUAUAUGCAAAUAGUACGCCAUUUUAUAUAAGGGACUUGAGUAUCCUUGGAUUUUGGUAUUUGUGGGGGAUCCUGGAACCAAUCUCCCAUGGAUACUGAGGGACAACUGUACUUAUUUACCUUUACUAUCAUUGUAAGCUUCUUAUGGAAACUUUAUAGGAAUGAAAAUAAUGUAUACAUCAUGUGAAGAAGAUUAGACAGUUGUCAAAUGAUGGUUUGUUGCAUGCUAGAACUAUUAGUAUUGUUGAAUCACUUUGGUUUUUUGAAAAAUAAAGUUUAUAAAUAUCUUUAAAGAUAAUUA